AUGGGUUCGUGUGUCACCAUUGACGACUGUCCCGCCGGUGUCCCCAGGGACAUAUACCUGCAGGUGCGCGGGGACACCUGCUACCAGUUCGUCGUGUACCGCCACAACACCCACACCGCCGCCCGGGCCUACUGCGAGCAACAUGGCGGCUCUCUGGUGCUGGUCAAGUCAGUGGACGUCCAGGAGUACCUGUACGACCAGCUGGUCAACAACUUCAAGGUGUCCGGCAAGAUUUGGAUCGGCCUCAACGACCUCGCCACGGAAAACAUUUAUCAAUGGGAGGACGGGACGACCCCCGUUUACACGGACUGGGCGGGAGGGGAGGGGCCAGCGAGCACGUCCGUCACCCACACCGCCAACCACAACACCCGGGACUGCGUGGUCAUUGACCUCGUAGCGGGAGGGAAGUGGAAGGAGACCAACUGUGAAAGCGGCUCCUUCCUGAUUUUCUUCAGUACCAGUGAGUCACACUCCUACGUCUGCCAGUAUAUGGCGCGCAGCGUGGUCACCAUCGUGCCAGCAACGUCACCUCCUGUUGAAACCACAUUGCCAACAACGACACUUCCUGUUGAAACCACAUUGCCAACAACGACACCUCAUGUUGAAACCACAUUGCCAACAACGACACCUCCUGUUGAAACCACAUUGCCAACAACGACACUUCCUGUUGAAACCACAGUGCUAACAACGCCAGUUCUAUCUGAUGUCACAACUCCCCCAUGUCCGGCUGACUUUUGCAACACAACCUGCAGCCACAACCGGGCAGACAAUGUUACCCUAUGUGAAACCUGCGACUGCUAGCUACCCUUAAACAUCUCAAGGUGUCACGUAUUAAGCUCUGCCACUUUGCUGUUAACUUGAAUCCCAAAUCUUGAUAAAUCCUUACAAGAAAUGUAAUUUGAAAACCAUAAAAGCAUCAAGCGCAUGAGCGACUUAUAAAAUAAACGUUUAAAGUGCA